CUGGAUAUAAAGACAUUUCAUUACUAUUUCAAUGUUUUUCCUAAUAUUUUUAUUUAUAAAAUGGUUUGUGGUAAGCGAAAAAAUUUGCGAGUUGUGUUUUCAAAAUAAUGGCAGCAAAAUCCCUAUAUGCAAGUUUCAGGAGGGCCCAGCAUCUAAUUGUUAUAUGUAUGAGACACUACUAAAAAGUGACAAAGAUAGAGAAGAAAUUCUGGAUAAAAUAAAUAGUCGGCGUAAUAAAGUAGCGUCGGGUGCCAUACGUUCGUUACCGCCUGCUAAAGAUAUGCUGAAAUUGGAGUGGAAUGAUGAAUUGGCGUUAUUGGCACAGCGUUGGGCUGAUCAAUGCUUGAGUAACGACUUGAUCGACGAGUGUACAGGUAACGGAACAAUCGGUCAAAAUAUUGGCACACUGUACGGCGAAGCACCAAGACUCAGUCCUGCAACAUUAGUCGAUCUGUGGUAUAUGGAGCUACUUAGUUUUAAUUCAAGCAUCAUAUCUGAUUAUCGACCUUCAACAAAGUCACGCCUCGCCCACUAUGAGGAUUUUACCCAACUUAUAUGGGCAAAAAAUAGACAAGUUGGAUGUGGCGCUGUCAAAUUUCAGGAAAGAUCAGGAAAUAAAAAUAGAACAGUUCAGAGACUAGUGUGCAAUUUUCUACCUGGCGGCAAUAUAAAUAAGCAAAGUGUUUAUAACGAAGGAAAUCCUUGCAGUGACUGUCCCGAUAAAAGUGACUGUGACUCAAAAUAUACAUAUCUAUGUGGGCAGAUUAGUAUCUUGAAAGAAAAUGUCGAAAGGAGAGAAAACAACCUAUAUUCGAAAAUUUUAAUAACCAAGACUUCGAUAGACUUAGACACCGAUAAAGAUUAUUCAAAUGAAAAAUUAAGAGAAUCAAGCAAUGAUACAGAAACAGAUAUCGCAUUUGAUUUGUAUGCAUAUCUCUUUAACGUCAGCAACUACGAAGAUACUACAAAAAAGGAAAGUACUACUUUUUGUAAAAACCUGUUGGCUGUCGAUGAGUUUGUAGACUUGUUGAGAAAAAAAUUAAGUACAGAUAAUAUAUUUAGAGACCUAUUACUUACAAAAGCUCCUAGCGGAGAAAGUCAAUAUACUGAUGCUAAGGUUGAUGCAAUAGUAAGUAAAAUAUAUAGCAAAAAAACAACAUCGACAACGACAAAGCCAACGGACAGAGAUGUCAUGAAUUCUACCCUACUUGCAGAUUUAGUUGAAGCUGUAAUUUUUCGUAAUCGAGAUAAAAUGACUUCACUUGAAGUUGUGUUUCCCAGUACAGAAGUUAUAGAGGCAAAAACAGUUCAGAUGCAAGCCGAAUUAGGUGAAAUACAACGCAAUUUAGAAUUUACUGGACAUUACUUUUUCCCGGAAGAUAGUGAAGACGAUCAAACUGAUACAACAGAAUCUUAUUAUGAUCAGUCUAAUAUACCUGUAUCUGAAAUAAUUAUGGAACUUGAAGAAUUAAAAAGAAAACAACAAACAAGAGAUUUUGUAGAAGAAAUUCUUGAAUCCGAUUCUAAUGCAAACACAAUAACAAAAAGUCAUAUUAUAGCAAGUGAUAAUAAUAUGAAUGAUACAAUAAAAUUAAUCAGAGACAACAAUUAUUUUGAAAUUUGGAAACAUGUGUUUAUUGGUCCGAAAGGUAUUGAUAGAGAAAAGCGAGAUAAAAGAAGUAAAAAUCGACAUAAAUUCGUAGGAAAUUUAUAUCGCUACGGAGAAACAAUGUUAAAUUACGAAGAAUUGUUAAAAAAAUUGGCAAAAGAUUUGAAGAAAAUAAAAUUAAACGCUAAAUUCCAUUGCUCUCAUUACACUACUUCAACAACAACCUGCUCAAAAACUAUAUCCAAAAUAAAUUUAUUUUCGUAUAUUAUUUAUUUUUUAAAUAGUCAGCGAAGAAUAUAAUUAUUAGAAUAUAAGUUCAAUAUAAUAUUUAAAAUGAACAAAAGCCAAAUAUUGUAUUGCUUUUCAUUUGCCAAAUUACAUGUACACUUUUUUGAUUGUAAUUUUUUGUUUAAAUUCCAAUUGACCAUCAGUUUAUUCACGACCAAAUAAAAUAAAUCUCCAUAAGACAAUGAACCAUAACUUUCAGAUUCUCUUUUUUGAAUAAAUUUCUGUUCUCUA